UGGACGCACACAUCGGCUGCUGCAUUGGAAUUGCAUUUCAAAACUGAAAAUAUUUGAACGACGCGUUCUGUUUACCAAUAAGAAAAAUUAGAAUCUCAACAAUUUCAGUGAAUUUUACAAACUAAGUAGGGUAACAUGUUUUAUUUCUGAAAACUGUACUAUUAGUUCAACAGUGAAUAACUAGAUUAGAGCCUGUAACAAAACGAUCAUUAAAAAGAUGCUAGGCAAUUUUGGCGACCGGAUAGAGGACUACGAAGUGUUUGAACUUCUCGGCAAAGGUGGUUUCGCCAGUGUCUAUCGAGCGAAAUGUAUACGAACGGGAUUAUAUGUCGCAAUCAAAAUGAUCGACAAAAAGUUGAUGCAAUCAGCUGGGAUGGCGAACAGAGUACGACAAGAAGUGAGCAUUCAUUCAAGGCUCAAGCAUCCAUCUAUUUUGGAGCUUUUUACGUUCUUCGAAGAUGCCAACUUUGUGUAUCUUGUAUUGGAACUGGCGGAAAAUGGGGAGCUGCAGCGAUACUUGCGGGAUACUAAAAAGACGUUCAACGAGUAUGAGGCUGCUUCCGUUCUGAAACAGGUUGUUGAAGGACUGCUAUAUUUACAUUCACAUCACAUACUGCAUCGGGAUAUGUCUCUAGCAAAUUUGUUGCUAACAAAGCAUAUGACGAUCAAAAUUUCGGAUUUCGGAUUAGCCACACAAUUGUCUCGUCCGGAUGAGAAACAUAUGACACUCUGUGGAACUCCCAAUUAUAUAUCACCGGAAGUAGCUUCCCGAGCAUCACACGGCCUUCCUGCUGACGUUUGGGGACUGGGAUGCAUGUUGUAUACAUUUUUGGUUGGCAGACCACCUUUUGAUACGAAUGGUGUGAAAUCUACGCUAACGAAGGUCGUAAUGUCAAAUUAUACUAUGCCUCCUAAUAUAUCGCAAGAAGCUCGAGAUUUGAUCGAUAAAUUGCUGAAGAAAAAUCCUGCGGAGCGAAUGAAGUUAGAACAUGUUUUGGACCAUCCAUUCAUGCGGAAAGCUAUGUCGUUUGGAAACUAUUGUCCUGGUGGGACACUUUCGUCAACAGACAGUGGUAUUUUGACUAUCUCAAGUAACGGAGACAAUCGAUCAAACAUUCCUUCGAAUUAUAGCAAUGACCGAUUCCAGCCGCCGUUCGGUCAGCAAAUGCCUCUUCGCUAUCAACCUAUUAGUGAACACGAACAAGAUUUCCAGGAAAGUAUACUGCCGCCACGACCACAAUCAUUGUCCCAGAAGCAAACCUCCGAUUUUUACUCCGGAGUCAAAUACGACCAUGGGCAACCGCCCUGUUUCACUCCUCAAAUGAACCAAAUAUCGCUCCUGCAGCAGUUCAACAGUCUUGAGCUGAUGGAGAAAUAUAACAUUAACAAAGCGGAGAUCGCUAGUGUUGGCCGUUCUGCUUCGACGGCCAGUUCGGAUUUGGUUUCCAUGCAUCAACAUCAGCAGCAGCUACAGUAUCAGCAGAUCCCUAAUAAUACUAACUCGAAUGCAAAACCAAAUUCGAUUUCAAUGUUGUAUCAGUUUUCUGGUGAACAGAAUCAGCCGCAGCAGACGGAUUACUACGAGUAUAUUGACGGCAAGGAAAAUAGUCGAGUGAAUGAAGGAGGAGCACAGCAAGUCAAAUGCGGAUCAUUAUACCCAGGGAAUUAUGACUUUCUUGGAGAUUUCCACCCAAGAGACAAUCAUCAUGUUCCCCAGAAUGCUUCGAAACAGCCAAGCCCCGAGAAGCGACCCAAGAAACACAUCGACGUUCCUCCACUGAACACGGCACGUCUCCAUCCCAACCGUCAUAAAACAAAGAAUGCAAUUCUUAGCAUCUUACCGAGCGGAGAGGUCGUUCUGGAAUUCGUGAAGCACAAAACACGCUACAAGGAGGAUCGUGUGAUGGACGUUUGCCGGAUAUCAUCGGAUGGGCUACGAUUUAUCUUGUACCACCCGGAUGGUGGAAAGGGAGUAGCGGUCAAAGAUGAACCUCCGGAUUUGCCUCCGUCUGGGGCGGACAGCAUCUUCAGCUACGAGAGCUUGCCGGAGAAGCACUGGAAAAAGUAUAUCUACGCGGCACGGUUUGUGCAAAUGGUGAAGGCAAAGACCCCGAAAAUAACGUACUACAGCCCGAAAGCAAAAUGCCAAUUAAUGGAGACGCUUGAGGAUUACGAAGCUAGCUUCUAUAGUGGAACGAAAAUUGUAAAAUCCCCACAGGAAGGUGUUAAAAUUGUGGAUAGUAGCGGUAGUACCAUCAAAGAUAUUGGAAAUCUGAUCCCAUCGUUGAAUAGGGAAUAUCAACAUUUCCAAGAAUCCUUCGAGCACUCUCGCAACAUUGAGAGGACCCUCGCUGCAAUCCACACUGGAGCUACAUUCCCCCUUAUCAUAGGACGACGUCCAGAAAAUGCUUCCUCGGCGAAUCAGAAUCAUUUGCUCUCUAACAUUUCAAAUCCCCAAACCCCUUCAACACCCCAUCAACUUUCAUCGUUCGCAAUGUCCAUCGGCUCCCACGCAUCACACCAUCGACGACCAGCGCUUGCGACCAAACCAGUUGGUAAUUUCUCGAAUGUUGCUACCAAAAAGUGCACCGUUCCCGGCGUCGGCUCUGCGGUUCAGCUGUCACAGGGAGUCAUACAGGUGCAAUUCCUAGACGGUGCCAGCCUUUCACUGAUACCGAUUGAACAGGGUGGUGGAGUAACGUUCUCACCUAGCGCAGGAAGUCCCCUACAGCACUACUCAUCGCAGGAUGAUGCCUCGCUGCCGCAAGCACUGCGAGAAAAAAUUGACCGGAUGCCACUGAUAUUGCGACAGCUGAACGCUGCACCAGCGCCAUCGAUCCCCUUCAACUUCCUGGAGGGAACCCCUCGGACGCCGGUUACUAGGUUCUUGCGGUGAUUCAAAUUCAAUCGUUAAUUUGACCAACGAAGCUCUCUAUACAUAUAUCUAAGGAGUUAUUCCGUUUACGGGCAGAAUUUUUAUUGUUACAGUGAACGAAUGUUGGGCGUACAUUGUAUGUAAUAUAAAAUCCGUUCUAUUUUAUAGUUGAACUGUGCUAAUGUAAUUUAUUAUAUAUUUUAU